ACCUCAUGAGAUGUUCUCCUUGUCCAUUCUCAAAAGGUCCCUGCACGGCUCUGGUGCCUGAGGCAAAAGGUUCGCGGUGAUUUCACAUCACGUCAAUCGCACAAUUACUAUCGUAGGUGUCGGAAGCGAUUCGCAGAAGCCGGGCUCUUUCCCGAUGGAAACCGAUGGGGGAGACGCCGAGUCGGCACUCGGAGUCGACUGGGCCGAGUUGACUUAUGAGUGCCUCAUCAACAUAUUCUCCCGCCUCUGCAUCCGCGACCGAUGGCGAGGCGCCAUGUUCGUCUGCAAGUCCUGGCUUCGCGCCUCCAAGGACCCCUCUUUCCACUCCGUCUUCGACCUCGAGACCUACUUCGAUUCCCCCGUUGAGUUGGCCCGCUGGUGGACCCCCGAGUUCGAGAGGAAGAUCGAUUCCAUGCUUCGAUCAGUCACCGGUUGGAGCGCUGGUUCUCUCAAGGAGAUUCGUCUUAGACAUUGCACUGAUCGCUCGCUUGUUCUCGUCGCUCAAAGAUGCCCCAAUCUCGAGGUUCUAGCGAUCAGAAGCUGCCCUCAUGCUACUGAUGAUUCCAUCUCUAUGAUAGCUUUCAGUUGUCCAAAGCUCAGGGAACUUGACAUCAGCUACUGCUAUGAAAUAUCCCAUGAGUCAUUGCUGUUGAUUGGAAAAAAUUGCCCAAGCCUUAAGAUUUUGAAGCGAAACCUCAUGAAUUGGAUCGAUCCUUCUCAGCAUGUGGGAGUUGUUCCUGAUGAAUAUCUAAAUGCUUGUCCACAAGAUGGGGAUUCUGAGGCUGCAGCUAUUGCAAAUUCUAUGCCACUUCUAGAGUGCCUUGAGAUUAGUUUUUCCAAAUUAUCAGGAAAAGGCUUCAAUUCACUAUGUCAGGGGUGUAAGAAGCUCAAGUUUUUGGAUUUGACUGGGUGUACUAGCUUAACUGGCCGCGACAUUGCAAGUGCAACAUCCAACUUGGAGUGUCUGGAAGAGAUUAAACGCCCAAAUAUGUACAUCCCCAGGUCUUCUUACCAUGCUGAGAGGUAUGGCCAUUGGAGAUUGUAUGAUGAGAGAUUCCAGACAGAUGUUUUCCGGUUCUGAGGAUGGGUAAGAAGAUUUAUUCGAUAAGUACAGAAUUGAGCCCUCCGGUUUGCUGGUAUGUGAAAUGCUUUUGGGGUUGAAGUUCAGCGCCUAUAUCUGUAGUCUUUUAUGCUUGUAAUCAAAUUAAUGACCCUUAUCCAUGUAAUUUCUAUUGUAUGUAUAUUUUUAAGGCUUGCUUGAACUUGUAAUGCAGUUAUAUAUGAAUUCCAUUUUCUCUUGUUCAUUUCUGAAGUGGUCAAGUGGGUUUAUCUGAUGCA